CUCCUCCCCCUCGGGCUGCGGUCAGCUGACUGCGAGUCACAUGCCUCGGGCGGAAGCGCCGGUGCCGGACAACAGUCAUGUGUACGCGGGUCUGGCUGCUGCUCCUGGUCGGGGCGCUGGGGGUCCGGGGGGCCCCUGAGGACGAGGAGACCCGCCAGAUUUACCUGCAGUUUAACCCCGGCUUUUCCAACUCCUCAGUGAAUUUGCUGCACACCCGGGCAGUGGGGAAUGGCAGCACCAUCCACUAUGUUUGGAGCACUAUUGGAGCCCCCACAGUCCUUCUCAUCUAUACAGAGACCCCACAUAGUGACCUGCGGGUCAACUGGACCAAACUCCUCUCCUCGGACCCCUCGGGAGCCAUCACCAUGGACCCAGCAGACAGCGUGCUGUACUCCACCGCCCUCACCUUCACCAGGAUAUUUGAAUAUAGAGACGUGAACAACACGGCCAACUUCUCUGGCACUGCAGAAAAGUACUUUUACCCCCCCUAUGACCUGGGCAACUUUGUGUGGGAGAACGCCAACGACACCCUGAACGCCUCCUCCUCCUCCUUCCGUCUGACGGGGGUCGACCAAUCCGAUCCCACCGGGAGCUUCAGAAAUGGAAGUGUCAGCUUCAGGGUAUCUGCAUACGACAGACCCGGACGAGAUGCCUCCGCGCCGCGGCUCCUUCACACCGCCAACUGCACCAAGCUGGAGUUCAUGAUCUCGGGGGUCCAGCCGCGGGGAAACCACUCGCGUUUUGCUCUGGAGAUGGUGACGCUAGAGAAGAAAUCGGGACACAAGAAGGUGCGGUCUGUCCGCUCCAUAGAUGAUGAGUACACGCCGACCAUUUUUGAGGUGGUAGAGCUGGUGUCUGAUGCCCCCAAUGCCAGCCAUGCCCGUGGCUAUUUCCAGUGGAAAUCUGUGGCGUACGGGUCAGUCAAUGGCACCAGGGCAGACUCUCUCCCGUGUGCUGUGUACAAACCUCACAAUAUGAACGGGACGCUGCCAGUGCCCAGUAUUAUCCAGGCCUUCUAUGGGGAGCAGCUGAGCAGCCAAUACAACCUGCAGGCUCUAAACGUGUCUUAUGGGAUCGCAGAUGGGGACUUCUAUGACAAAAACAAGUUCCUAGGAUGGUCGGUGCUGGUCGGGUACGGCGCUCCUCCUCGUGACUCUUUCUCCAUCUUGGUCAUCUGUAUCAUGGCAGUGGCGCUGGGGAUACCAUUGUUGCUACUGAUAAUGGGCGCCAUCUUGGUCUUAUUCAUGAAGAAGCAAGCUUUCACCAUCUAUGAGCCCAUCAACUAAAGGCCGGGCCCACUGACAGCGCCCCCAUCAUUGCACAUACUGACGUUUACACAGCAAUAAACCAGGGUGCCAGUUGGCGCCAAUUCAGGGAUCUAC